AUGGACGUGGAAUCAAACGUUCCGGUCAAAGUUGAGGCCGAUGACGAAGACCUACCAUCAACUUUGAAACCUGCCUCAAGAGCCUUGAGCGAUGGCUCUCGUGACGAAACCCCAACCCCCACGUACAAACACAGUUGGACGCUCGAACAGCGACUUACGCUGGCUAUGCUCGCUGAGUCAUACAGCAAUAACUGGAACGAGAAAACUUCCGUCUUCAACCAUUUUCACAGGUCUGACCUUCGACGUUGUGGAGGUCUUCGAAGGCCAGUCAUCAGUACCCAAUUUAAUGAUAUGCAAAAAAAGGGAUUCAAUGCAGGCAAUGGUUUCAAGAAAUUACAGAGUACCCUGUCACCCUAUGAUAGAGCAAAGAUGGUGUCCCGAGCUGGACUUGAAAAAAAGGCCCAUGAAAUCGGCAUUCUCCUCCACGCAAAGGAGGCUAGUGAUAGCUCCUUGAUGUCCGACAAGGACAACGCUCAAGGGCACAAGAGAAAACGUACCGACUCAAUUGACGAUGCCAGGACCGACUUCUUUCCACAUCUAUCUGACAACGAUUGUCAGACAGCCUCAUAUGCAAAGACAGUACAUGGGCUCACCCUUCUUCCGAAGACACCCACGAAAUCCAACGGCAGACAAAAAGGCAAUGGCCUUCUGACCCCACCGGAUUCAAGAGAGGCUAAAAUGCCACGUCUCACCACCGAGAAGAGGUUGGCACAAAUCGGCUUCCGCGCUUUUACUGGCCAAUCGCAAGGCACGUACUCCUCGGUCUUGGGAAUUCGUGCCGGCGCUUUUCUCAAUUGCCCAACCAUUCCACUCGCUCGAAACCUGGAAGUCACACUUUACCGUGGGGAAGCACUGCAUCACAUCACGAAGCACGAUCAUUCUCGACCCAGCAAGUUUGUCUCCGCGACCAAGAACCCGAUGCGUGCAUUGCAUAUGGCCCUCAGAGGCGGUGAGGACGCCUCAAUCGCAGUCAUUGAUCUUACCAAGGCAGAUGAAAGAGGCAAUGUCGAGAAGGCUCAUAAUUUGAAGCUCAAGACGGAUUUCAGAUACACAGGAGCGGGCGAAUACCUCAUAUUCGGCGGGGUGGACAACGAAGUAGGCCUUCUGUCACUAUCUGCAGAGUUAGCUAACAAGUACAAGGCCAUAAUAUCACAUAUCCCACUAUCUAGGCUUCUUGUCAAUAUGCCGACAACGCCCGGAAGCGAUGAUCCUUUCUUCUUAAAAGUGCUUCAAAGCCACGAAAGGCUGUCGCAUGCUCGCCGCGCAAUAAAAAGGAAGUUCUUCCGAUGA